CAGCUACAAUGGCCAAGAAACUUUACUUCACCGAGCAAGAGCUCGCUAAUAUUCAGCUCGCUGAGCGCAUCUCUUCGGUGUUCUCUAUUCUAGGCUGUUUUUUCGUCAUUGUAACGUUUUCUUCGAUGAAGAUCUUCCGCAAGCCGAUCAACAGAUUGGUCUUCUUCGCUACCUUUGGCAACCUCGUUACGAACUUAGCCACUCUAAUCUCACGCUCUAGCAUCUUGACUGGUCAAAAUUCAUCGCUCUGCCAGUUUCAAGCCUUCAUUAUCCAAAUGUUCAUGCCUGCUGACGCUCUCUGGAUGUUUUCUAUGGCUUUGAAUGUGUUCCUCACGUUCUUCUAUCAGUAUGGUCCAACGGAAUUCCUGGCUCUCGAGAAAUAUUACCUCGUCUUCAACUAUGGAGUUCCGGCUAUUCCAUCAAUCGUAUUUGUGCUGCUUCAAACUGAGGAGCGUGGUCGUGUUUUUGGGAAUGCUACACUCUGGUGCUGGGUGACCGUCAAAUGGAACUUUCUCCGUAUUGCCACCUUCUAUGGCCCCGUCUGGGUUGUCCUUCUUUCCACGAUGACUAUUUACAUCCUUGUGGGCAGAAUUGUCUUCCGAAACCGAGCCCGCUUCAAUGAAUUAACCGCCCAAGCCUCCAGGAACCAAGCUUCUAUGGCCGCCUCCAUUGUUGGCAGUCCUUCCGUCUUAGAGGAGGGCCAUAUUGCGGUCACCACCGAUAUCAACGUCACUUCGGACGCAGCUAACUCCGUCGAGCGCGAGGAAUACAAGAAAGGUAAAUCCACUGCCAAGGUCAAGGCCAAGAAGGAGAAGAAGGAGGUGUCCAGUGCCGACCGCGCCGCCUGGGUCUAUCUCAAGUGUGCCCUGAUGUUUUUCACCGCUAUGAUCGUUACUUGGGUCCCGGCCACCGCCAACCGCAUUGCGACAUUAGUUAAUCCAGCCUUGGUGUCGUACGAGCUUAACAUCGCGGAGGCUGUUCUUCUGCCUCUUCAGGGUUUCUUCAAUGCCUGCAUCUACAUCGGCAUCUCAACUGAUGCAUGCAAUUAUCUGCGCGCCCACUGCAGACGUGUCUUCAAACAGAUCUUCAUCAACCCAUGGAAUCAUGCUUUUGGUCUCCCAAUCACGAUCCCUCACAACAACAUCCCACCAUAUGUUGAAGGUGCCCCAACCCCAGGUUCCCGUUCGCGCAAGAACAAGAAGAAGAAGUCAUCCCCGUACGACUUGCAUGACAUGGAUCCAAAACGCCCUGGCAAGGCUGUUGUCAAGCCUAUCCAGCCCGAGGAGUUGGAGCAUUACCAUCGUCUGCGCGAGGAGCUCCGAAUCUCACCAGAGCCCGGACCCAUCACCUAUAACUACAUGGCUGCAGACAUUGAGGAAUACGAGCGUCGUCGCAAGGCGCUUAUGAUUUCGCAGCAGCAGGCUAGAUCCACGGGUAGCAGCAGCAACAACUAAGCUGCCAGCUCGACCACGCACUCACUCUAUUCGUGCCGCAUCUUGUUUCACUCCGGUAUUUUCUCGACUGUUCAGAUUCCAACAAAGCAUGUCCAUGGCAAAGAUAGUGUUCCUCGUGUGUGGUCCUUUGAUCCGACCUCCACAUGCCUAACUCAUUACUUCGAGUUCACGUAUCUAGCGUCGGUGUUCUUCCGUAUGUCUUCGAUUGUUACUUUUUUUUUCAGGCCCCCGUGUCUCCUUUCAAACCCCCUUACUACCCGGGUUCGACGCGAUGCGGGUGCAGCUCCGAGCUGCCGGUCUGCCAAUAUAUCUUAUGUUCACUUCGUAUCCAGAUCCUUCUUUUCCCGUGCUUCUCCUCCUUUGGGAUGCGCGUGGGUCUGGAUGAAGACUUGCCCGCCUAUGGGUAUUGUUCUUCUUUUGUUUCGUUUGUUUGUUUGUCGGCAUGAGUGCCUGGCGUGGUGUUUCGGAUGGGCUGGUAUCGGACUUUCAACUUCUUCAUUUCGUGAUGGCGCCUGGUACUGGGUGUUAGUGGGCAAAUAUCAUGGGAGGGUGUUUGGGAUGGUUUUCAGACUCUGGUGAUGGCG